GCCGCCGCCGCCGCCGGAGCCAGCGCCGCCCCGCCGCCGCCGCCAUGAACGGCAAAGGACAAUAUCCCACCCAGCCGUCCUACCCCGUCCAGUCCCCCGCCAACCCCGCCGUGUACCCACAGACUAUGCCCCUGCCGCAGCCGCCGCCCUACACAGAUGCACCUCCUGCGUAUUCCGAGCUUUACCGUCCCAGCUUCGUGCCUCUGGGGGCUGCCACCGUACCGACGAUGUCUGCGGCAUAUCCGGGCGCUUCCGUCUUCCUGCCCAUGGCUCAGUCUGUGGCCAUGGGUCCAAUCGGCUCGUCGGUCCCGAUGGCGUAUUACCCCGUGGGACCGGUUUAUCCUCCGGGCUCGACAGUCCUCGUUGAAGGUGGCUUUGAUGCUGGAGCAAGGUUUGGGGCUGGUGGAACAGCCAGCAUCCCUGUAAGUAUAAAUGUGUCCUCAAAACCCUGCGUGCUUCAGCGUCAGAGGUUCGCAGACAGUAGCGGGGGAGAAGAUGUCCUUUGUUUUCUGAGAAAAACAUGUUUCUUACCCGAUCCGUCAUUUGGGAGAAGAGUACGCUCCUACUUUCAUGCUGAGGGUUUGCUGUCUCUGGCCAGCCUGCGGCUCUGGAGCCACGUAGGCUCGCAGGUGGUUCUGGCUCACAGCAAAACCAUCGCGUGGCCAGUGCUAGCCCCAAUUUGGCCUGGGGGCCAUGGUACAAUGCGCUUUGGGGGGAGGCAAGCCGGUAGGGCUGCUUAGCGACCUGACUUUCCCUGGCCCCAAACGCAGACUUGGCCUCUUUCCGUGCCACGGUGGAGCUGUGGGAGGUUCCUGCUCUCCCGGACUUUCCACCUGUGGCUGGCGAAGAUCUUGUUCCACGGCUCACGGGCUCCUCUGCAUGGGCAAAAAGCCAGGGUCAGCCGUAUGGGCUGCGGGCUCCCAAAAGAGAAGGCAGGGCCCGGACGAGGAACCGAGCGUUUCCCAUCGGCUCCUGGACUCUCUCGCUCAAUCUUUGCUCGGCGGCAAGUG